CGCCCCCUCGCCUCCCUCCCAUAGCCGGCGGCGGUGGCGUCUCGGCGGACUAUGGAGGGAUCCGAGCUUGUGACCGUUUCUCGUGGGGAGGAGGCUUCCUGCUCUUCCUGGGUAACCGGCAGUGCAAGUAAAAAUCUGCCCAUCAUGUCAACAGAAUCUGUGGAAAUCGAUGAUGCAUUAUACAGUCGACAGAGGUAUGUUCUUGGAGACACAGCAAUGCAGAAGAUGGCUAAGUCCCAUGUUUUCUUAAGUGGUAUGGGUGGUCUUGGUUUGGAAAUUGCAAAGAACCUUGUUCUUGCUGGGAUUAAGGCACUUACAAUCCAUGAUACAGAAAAAUGCCGGGCAUGGGAUUUAGGAACCAACUUCUUUCUCUGUGAAGAUGACAUUGUUAGUGGGAGAAACAGGGCUGAAGCUGUACUUUAUCAUAUUGCAGAAUUAAAUCCAUAUGUUCAUGUCACAUUAUCUUCUGUACCUUUCAAUGAAACCACAGAUCUCUCCUUCUUAAAUAAAUACCAGUGUGUGAUAGUGACUGAAAUGAAACUUACAUUGCAGAAGAAGAUCAAUGAGUUUUGUCGUUCUCAUUACCCUCCAAUUAAGUUCAUCAGUGCAGAUGUACAUGGAAUUUGGUCACGGUUGUUCUGUGAUUUUGGUGAGGAAUUUGAAGUUUCAGAUACUACAGGAGAAGAACCAAAAGAGAUUUUCAUUUCAAAUAUAACGCAAGCUAAUCCUGGCAUUGUCACCUGCCUUGAAAAUCAUCCCCACAAACUUGAGACAGGACAGUUCCUAACAUUUCGAGAAGUUAAUGGAAUGACAGGUUUAAAUGGAUCUACACAACAAAUAACUGUGGUAUCACCAUUUUCUUUUAGUAUUGGUGAUACUACAGAACUGGAACCAUACUUACAUGGAGGCAUAGCUGUACAAGUUAAGACUCCUAAAACAUUUUGCUUUGAAUCGUUGGAGAAGCAGAUAAAACAUCCAAAGUGCCUUAUUGCGGAUUUUAGCAAACCUGAGGCACCUUUACAGAUUCACACAGCUAUGCUUGCCUUGGACCAGUUUCAGGAGAACUAUAACCGCAAGCCAAAUAUUGGAUGUCAACAAGAUUCAGAAGAACUUUUGAAACUAGCAACAUCUAUAAGUGAAACCUUGGAAGAGAAGCCUGAAGUAAAUGCUGACAUUGUACAUUGGCUCUCUUGGACUGCUCGAGGUUUUUUAUCCCCACUUGCUGCAGCAGUAGGAGGAGUUGCUAGCCAAGAAGUACUGAAAGCUGUGACAGGAAAGUUUUCUCCUUUGUGCCAGUGGUUAUAUCUUGAAGCAGCAGAUAUUGUCGAAUCCUUAGGCAAACCUGAAUGUGAAGAAUUUCUCCCACGAGGAGAUAGAUAUGAUGCCUUGAGAGCCUGCAUUGGAGAUACUUUGUGUCAAAAGCUACAGAAUUUAAAUAUCUUCUUAGUAGGAUGUGGAGCCAUAGGCUGUGAAAUGUUAAAAAAUUUUGCUUUACUUGGUGUUGCUACAGGCAAGGAGAAGGGAAUGGUUACAGUUACAGAUCCUGACUUGAUAGAAAAAUCCAACUUAAAUCGACAGUUCCUAUUUCGUCCUCAUCACAUACAGAAACCUAAAAGCUAUACUGCUGCUGAUGCAACUAUGAAAAUAAAUCCUCAAUUAAAGAUAGAUGCACACCUGAACAAAGUUUGUCCGACCACUGAGACCAUUUACAAUGAUGAGUUUUAUACUAAACAAGAUAUAAUUAUUACAGCAUUAGAUAAUGUGGAAGCCAGGAGAUAUGUAGACAGCCGUUGCUUAGCAAGUCUACGGCCUCUCUUAGAUUCUGGAACAAUGGGCACUAAGGGACACACUGAAGUUAUUAUUCCUCACUUGACUGAAUCUUAUAAUAGUCAUCGAGAUCCCCCAGAAGAGGAAAUACCAUUUUGUACUCUAAAAUCCUUUCCAGCAGCUAUUGAACACACUAUACAGUGGGCAAGAGAUAAGUUUGAAAGUUCCUUUUCCCACAAGCCUUCAUUGUUUAACAAAUUUUGGCAAACCUACGUAUCAGCAGAAGAAGUCUUACAGAAAAUACAAAGUGGACAGAGUUUAGAAGGCUGUUUUCAAGUUAUUAAGUUACUUAAUAGAAGACCUAGAAAUUGGUCCCAGUGUGUAGAAUUAGCAAGAUUAAAGUUUGAGAAAUAUUUUAACCAUAAGGCACUUCAGCUUCUUCACUGUUUUCCCCUGGACACACGAUUAAAAGAUGGGAGUUUGUUUUGGCAGUCACCAAAGAGACCACCUUCUCCAAUAAAAUUUGAUUUGAAUGAACCUUUGCACCUCAGUUUCCUUCAGAAUGCUGCAAAACUAUAUGCUACAGUAUAUUGUGUUCCAUUUGCAGAAAAGGACUUAUCAGCAGAUGCCCUCGUGAAUAUUCUUUCAGAAGUAAAGAUUCAGGAAUUCAAACCUUCCAACAAGGUUGUUCAAACAGAUGAAACUGCAAGGAAACCAGAUCAUGUUCCAAUUAGUAGUGAAGAUGAGAGGAAUGCUAUUUUCCAACUAGAAAAGGCUAUUUCAUCUAAUGAAGCUACCAAAAGUGACCUUCAGAUGGCAGUGCUUUCAUUUGAAAAAGAUGACGAUAGUAAUGGACACAUAGAUUUCAUCACAGCUGCAUCCAAUCUCCGUGCCAAAAUGUAUAGCAUUGAACCUGCUGACCGUUUCAAAACAAAGCGCAUAGCUGGUAAAAUUAUACCAGCUAUAGCUACAUCUACUGCUGCAGUUUCUGGCUUGGUUGCCUUGGAGAUGAUCAAAGUAACUGGUGGCUAUCCUUUUGAAGCUUAUAAAAAUUGUUUCCUUAACUUAGCCAUUCCAAUUAUAGUAUUUACAGAGACAUCUGAAGUAAGAAAGACUGAAAUCCGAAAUGGAAUAUCAUUUACAAUUUGGGACAGAUGGACUGUACAUGGAAAAGAAGAUUUCACACUCUUGGAUUUCAUAAAUGCAGUUAAAGAAAAGUAUGGAAUUGAGCCAACAAUGGUGGUACAAGGAGUAAAAAUGCUUUAUGUUCCUGUAAUGCCUGGUCAUGCAAAAAGAUUGAAGUUAACAAUGCACAAACUUGUGAAACCUUCAACUGAAAAAAAAUAUGUGGAUCUUACUGUAUCAUUUGCGCCAGACACUGAUGGAGAUGAAGAUUUGCCAGGACCCCCUGUAAGAUACUACUUCAGUCAUGACACUGAUUAAUACAAGUUGUCCUUCUUAAAAAUUACUCCAAGACUACUUGAUUUUGGACAGAGUGCACUUAUUCAAAAGCUUAAAAAAAAAAUCAGCUUAUAAUAUUAUGGAUUUUUCUUUGAUGGAGCCUUAAUUUUAAGGGAAACAUCAGUAGAAAACUACACUGAAGAAUUAUGAAACAUUUUUUAUACUAUACACUUGUCUAAUGCUUCACACGUGGCUGUGAUCACAAGCAGUUGUGAACUGGAAUACCAUUUUAUAAUGCUUACUACAAAUUGGUGUAUUAAACUUUCUGGAUGAAAAGAAGGAACAAAGUAUUUGUGACCAGAAGAGAAAAAGAAUGAAGAAAUGGAAAGUAGUGAAUGCAGCCAUCCAAAAGUUUAAUUCUACUUUAUAAAUUUAUUUUUUGUUUAGUAUUUGAGAUCCAUUUUUUAAUAUAAAUAGUGUUUAGCCCCCUACAACUCUUAUAUAAUUAGGCUUUGAAAAUUUAGUACCAGAGUUGAGAGGAGAGAUGGUAGUGGUAGAGAAAGAGUAGAAAUUUUAAACUGUGUAGUAUAGUUCAAUGUCCUGUUACCCCUGCAAGUGUAAACAGAAUCUGUUAUAUCACUGUCUCCCAAAAUCAGGAUUUUUGUUGAUAUCGUCAGUGUUGUAAACCAUGCACAGUAGAUCAGAUAACACAUUAACUUGAAAUAAACGUUAAUAGUAUUAUACAGACUCUGACAGCCCUCUUAGAAAAUCUGUGAAUGUGAACUAAUCAUUUGAUUUUUAAAUAUACCUUCCAAUGUGGGUAUUGUAUUUAUUUGGAACUCUAAACUUGAUCGUCAUGGUAUAUAAAACUAAAAGGUUUUGUAAAGGGAGUGUUAGAAAUUUAAAAAAUCAUCACUAGUAGAGUCUUGAUUUUUUUUUUUUCUUCCAGCAACCUAAUGGACAGAAAAAAUAUUUUUGCUUUAAAAGGAAACAUGUUGCUUUAUUCCCCAUUCCCAGAAAGGGAAUUGACAAGAAUAAAAAAUUAUUUUUUUAAGUCUUUAUCAAGAGAAACAUUGUUUUCUAUUGCAGAUAUUCAUAUAAAUGCUUUCAUUAAAAUGAUGUAAUAGUACUCAACACUGUAAAUUCAGUGAAAACAGCAGGUGAUUCUUUUAUUACUAAGACAACUAUCAUGCAUUCUAAAGCAACUGGCAUUUUAUAACCUCAGGAAGUCAUUUCCUCUAUCUCUUUUUCUUCUACUCUCCUUUUCAGACCAUUAAUAGGUACUUUGAUAAACUAGAAACUAUAUUCACAUCAAUAUUACUCUAGUUUGGUAUACUGUAUACUCUGUAUUUACUUUCUUUUUCCAUUUACAAAUAGUUUAAAUUGCUUUGUCACCCAGGUGUUUUGUUUCCCUAUAUAAAAGUGUCCAACUGGAAAAAUGUUUUUGGGAGUGGAGAGUGAAUUUGUAUAAUUAAAUGAUAAUCUGUUCAUUGGGAGAUGGAGAAAAUAAAGGAUGAGUUUAAGAAAAGGGCUACCACUGGAAAAAGCAAUUUUUGAUCACCAUGUACUACAUUUUCCCAUUGUCUAAAAUUGAUGUUACAUAUAUUUGAAUCCAGGAAUAUCAAGGCUUUACAGCUUAGAACUUUAGAGGGUAGAAAUGAAAGAACUUUUGUAUAGGAGGCCUUUUUUCCACUUUCACUUUGUCCUGUGUUCUUUGGCAGUAAUUGAUGUUUUCCAGGUAACCAUUCAGCAAUCCUCAGUCACCUCAUCUGUUUAGAAGUAAAUUUAGAACCAUGCUAUAAAUUCAUAUUUACAGACAUCUGUGCUGUAGCAAACAUAAACAAAAUCAGUAAGGAUUAAGUUCAUUUUGUGAUUAAACCUGCAACCAUUUCAUUAUUACUUUUUUUCUGUAGGUAAUGGCUGUUACCAUACUUUUUUCUAGUAGUUCUAAGCUAGAAAACCAGGGUAAAGUUAAUGACAGUUUUUCUCAUUGUUUUGUUUAUUUCUGUACCAUGAAAUCACUGUUGGUGAUUGAAAUACCAGGUGCAAAAAUGAUUUUGUACAAUUUCACUGAAUAACUUUUUGCUUAUUAAAAAUAAAUUAAGAAAUUUGAGAAUAUCUUUCUAAACCAUGUUCAUUAGUUGGCUCCACAUAUUUUGAUUUUGCUAUUCAUUGUGUGAAAAAUGUUGUUUUAUAUUUCCUGACAUUUGUUUUGCAUUUGUGCAGAUAAACAUUCAUUGGAAGUGGAGGUACAUCAAAGUGCUUUAGGCUCCUGGAAAUUCUGUUAAAAUAGUUGGGGAGGGUUUAUGGGUGUAGUUCAGUAGUAGUGUGUCCACUUAGCUUGCACAAGGGCCUGAGUUCAAUCUCCAACACCAAAAAUAGACGCAUAAUCAAUCAUUAAGUCAGGUGUUACAAUGUAAAACCUAGGUCUGGUAAGUCCCAGACUAUAGGUUGGGAAUUUCUCAAGUCCCUUCCUUUUUAGAGUUUAAAGCAGUUAUGUUAUUUAACUAAGUUUCUCAUAAAUUAUCCCAAAAAUAGAACUAGGAAAUAAAUACAUAUCUUUAUAUUUUAUCUAUUAUGGCACAUUCUGGUGGCAGCUGUCCAAAGUUCAGCCAUAUAGUCCACAAUUUAUAAUUAAUGAAAAAAAAAAUUUUCCCUUGAAAUCUUGACUGAACAAAAACUUUUGACCUAAUUUUUUCAAUUAUAUUGAAUGUAAUCAAAAAUUCAUUGUGACUACAAAUAUCUGAUCGUUUAGUAUGCAUUCCUCUAGGAUGAGCAUAACUAUUUUACUUUUCUUAGAUUCAAAAACAAAUCAGGCAUCGAGAUCUUGGCGAUCAGAGUAAGUAUCAAUAGGAAUUAUAUUCUCUUUCAUGUCUUAAAAGCUUUGUUAUUUAAAUUGAGACUAUAUAUUUUAAAAAUUACAUAAAACAUAAGCAUGCAGUUUAAGGAAAAAUUUGAAGUAACUACAUACAUAACUAGAACACUGAUAGCAGCCAGAAACUCCCUCUGCACUCCUUCCCAAUCACAUCCAUCUUCCUCACACACCCUUUGAUAAUUACCACUAUUCUACCUUUUGUGAUAACUUUGUCCUCCUUCUUAUAUUGGUGCCUAUGUUAGUAAGCCUAAACAGUACACUUAACCUCCACUGGUUUUUGAACUUUGGCUCUUUUGGACCUCACCACCUUUUCCUGGAAAGUCUGUAUUUUUUCUUUUUACUGUAGUGCCACCAAGUGGCACUAGGAUAUAUCCAUAUGUGUAUAGGUUGCUUUCUGGGUUUUUUGGUUCCUUUUUUGACCCUGUUCUGGUAUACUGUCUUCAUCACUAUAUCUGAUGUAUUUUUUAAUAUUUGUCAAAACAAGUGCUUCCAACUUAUUGGUUAUUCUUAGCCCUUUGCUUUUUCAGUUCUCAAAUUUCUAACUGUAAACAUGCAAACCUGUCACUCUUGGAGUUUGCAGUAGUCUUGCCAAAAUUUUUUAAAUCUCUUAUUUACUUAAGCAUGAAAAACAAUUAUUUUAUAGUCUCUAAUAACCCCAGAAUCUAAAACCUUCCUGUGGAUCCAUUUUUAUUUUUAUUUUAUUUCUUUUAUUGUUCAUUCUCAUUGUCUUGCAUCCUAUAUCUGUUUAUGUUCAGUUACUUGCCAAUAUUGUAUUUGAAAACCUGUAGAAAUAAUUUGGUGCCCAGGAUGAUAAUUUUAUUGCUCCAGAGUUUUCCAUUUGUUUUUGCUAGAUACCUGAGCACUGAUUACUUAUAGGACCAUUUUUAUCCAGUUCUAGAGACAGAUUUUUCUGGGCCUGCUGUGUGACUCAAAGGUGAACUACUAGAUUAUACUAGCACUGUGACUUCCUGUUCACCCCUACUCUUAGGUUUCAGCCAUUCUACAUCCCAUAGGAUCAGUUUAGGUUACCAGAGCCCCUGCCUCUUGACUGACCUAGGAACUUCCUUUGAAUCCCUAACCUAGAGCCUAGGCUCCAUGCAGCAAAUGCAUAUGUAAGUGAUCUCAGGACACAGUAGUCCCAAAUAAAAGGUUUAUGAUUCUGAAUAUCUGUCUUCUCCCAUGUUUUAGCCUGGGAAUUUAUUUACUAGCAUCAACUCCAAUGCUUUCCCAUGUUUUUAAGACAUAUACUUUAUCCAAAUAUUCUAAAGCAUUUGAAUUAGAAUGUUAAAUCAGAGUAUAUAGCCCACAUUAUUUCAUAAUGAU